CAGCUAAAAAGAACAUGGGGACGGAUAACAGCACUUUCAAUGCAACUCAGUCACCUGAACAAGGCGCAGCUUCCACACACAUACACACAGCCUCCAUUGUCAUCUACUGUGUGAUAUUUAUAGUUGGAACUCUGGGCAAUGGCCUGGUUAUCUAUGUGACAAGCUUCAAAAUGAAGAAAACAGUUGACUCAGUUUGGUUUCUCAACUUGGCCAUAGCUGACUUCCUCUUCACGGCCUUCCUGAUUUUCUCCAUCAUUUCUCUCUCUCAGAGUCAACAAUGGCCUUUUGGAGCAUUCAUGUGCAAGCUCAACACCUUUGUGAGUGUAGUCAACAUGUUUGUCAGCAUCUUUACUCUGACAGCCAUGAGUCUGGAUCGGUGUUUGUGUAUCUGGGUGGUGGUGUGGGCGCACAACAAACGCACAGUCAUCAAAGCUCAGCUUAUAUCAGCUGGGAUCUGGGUGAUCGCUGGCGUCUUCAGCACUCCUUAUGCCACUUUUCGCACUGCAUCAGUGAGGAGCAGUGGGGAAAGUUCCUGUAGUUAUUCUGCAAAAAUCACACACAAAUGGACUCUGGACAUUUUUCGCUUUGUUAUGGGCUUUGUGAUCCCAUUCCUGAUAAUAGUGAUGUCUUAUGUGUCCAUUGGUAUCCGUGCAAUGCGCAUGCCGAGAACAAGGAGACGCAGAUCUCGCCGAAUCAUUUUCUCCAUCAUUUUUGCAUUCUUCAUCUCUUGGUUGCCUUUCCACAUUUUCAAUUUUAUAGAAUUAAGGUUUAGUACUAACUUAGAGAUCCUGGGGAUUGUUAGAAUGUAUGGUCCUCUGACUGUGAGUCUGGCAUUUCUGAACAGCUGUUUGAACCCCAUCCUUUAUGUUUUCAUGUGUGAAGAAUUCCAGAAGAAAUUUCGACAGUCCAUUUGUUUUGUACUCGAGAGUGCACUGGCAGAAGACCAUUUGUCAUUUCUGUCCACCCGCUCCAUGUCAUCCACCUUUUCAAAAGCUUCCCAAAAGUCAGACACUGCUGCCACUUUAGAUCGGAUUGACCCAGCCAUUUAUGAAAACAUCCCAGAAAGCACAGUAAUCAUCACUGAGGGGAUUCGUAGGACUGAAUAAGAGUGCACCAGCAGACAAUGAAUAUUGAAAUGAAUAAUUGUUUUUUGUUUUACAAACAAGCACAUUUUAAUAAUUUGCUCGUCUGCCUUCACAUGUAUAUGAACUUGAAUGAAAUCCCAUUCUAAUGUAUAGUGUUUAAUAUGAUGUUAGCCCGCCCUUUAACUCAUCUGAGAAGUUUAGGAGUGUGUUGACCAUUCUUCCAGAAGCGCAUUUGUGAGAUUAGACACCAAUGUUGGAUGAGAAGCCCUGACUCGCAGUCUGGGCAAAGAUGUUCUAUUGAGGUCAGGAAUCUGUGCAGGCCAGUCAAGUUCUUCAACACCAAACUCGUUUAUCCAUGUCUUUAUGGACACAGUGCUUUGUGCACUCUCGCACAGUCAUAUUGGAACAGGCAGGGGCCAUCCCCAAAUUGUUUCUAAACAGUUGGGAGGAUUAAAUAUUGUAAAAUGUCUUGGUAUGCUGAAGCAUUUACAGUUCCUUUCACUGGAAACAAGGGGUUAAGCUACAAUCUUGAAAAACAACCCCACACCAUAAUCCCCCAAAUUUUACACUCGGCACAAUGCAGUCAGACAAUUACCAUUCUCCUGUCAACCACCAAACCCAGACUUAUCCAUCAGAUUUCCAGACUGAGAAGCAUGUUUCAUAACUCCAGAGAACCAUCAAACAAACUCCAGAGAGUUUCCUUUUUUGUUUUCAUGCUGUCAGUUUCCAUGAUUUGAAAUACCAUUGUGACAUUUCAUUUUAAAUUACGUUCACUUUUUUGUAUGUAAGUUUCUAACCAUGUUUAACCAACAGGCAUCAUACUCUCACAAGAGAGUGAUGUUUUUUUUAUUGAUCAUUAAGGCCUUUUUUAUUAACCUGUGAAUAAAA